CCCGUGUCCGUUGUCGAUUUGACAUCGCGUCUGGCGGCAUUUCCAUUUCUACGGCUUUUUACCGCCGUCCAUACUACGUCCUCGUCCUGGAUGAAGGCUGUCUUGAUGAUGAAGACAAUCCUAGUUGUGGCCAUGACCUGUCUCGUGACAGCAAACACCACGACCACGUCGCCGCCGAUUGUCACAACAACGGUCCCACCCAGCACCGUCCCACCGGUGACUACGGAACGGCCGUCCACCACAUCAUUACCACCAACGUCUCCAGUUACUACGUCCGCUCCGCGCCCCACAACUGCAGCGGCAACCACGCCUCCCUCCCUGCCGCCCAUCGUCCCGGCAACAAAUACACCCAUAAUGACCAUCCCUUCGAUCCCCAUUAACGUCAAGCCUAUUCUGACGACACCCACACUCCCCCCGACCGCCGUUGCAAUCAUCUCGUCCAUCCCAACGAAACUUCCAACGUCCGUGGACGAGCUCGCGCAGGCGUUGAACUCGUCCACGACGUCCCGGCCGUCGUCGUCCAACUCGUCUGUGAAUGCGACUUCCGCGGACUCCACUGCAUCCGACUCGUUCUUCCGCAUCGAUAACGGCGCCAUGUGGGGCACGUUUGCUGGCGCCACCUUCUUCGGCGCCAUCGUUGUCAUCGUCCUCCUCAGGCAAUCCACAUCCACCGACGAUCAUCGUGGAUCGUCCAGUCCAUAUUCCCCCGCCCACACCAAACCUACAAAUGGAAAUAGCAGCAGCAGUAACGCCAACCAUCAUGACAAGCGGCCGUGGCAAGGAGGUGUCGUCCAAACGCUGGAACCUGGCGCGCCCCCUCCCGUGCUCCCAGUGUCUGUCAAGCCAGUUCCAUCCGCCAACCCCCCCCAUGCCCCCCCUCCAUCUACUUCUUCCCGUCGAAACUCUCGCUCGUAUACUUUAUCUCCAGUCUACCAACAGCACUACAACAACGACUACAGCAACCAAAACUAUAGCAACCAGAGCAACAUUCCCUCAAAUCGAAAGCAGUCGGCGGUACCCAUGUUAGAACCACCAUCACUGGCCCAAUAUGAAGAAGAAGACCAUGGAUUUGACCGGUAUUCAGUCGAAUCGGAUGAUAUGGACAUCCGCCACACAGCGCCAGAGGACAGGUUGAUGAUGCAUGGACAUGAAUGGACAGCGGCGGCGGGUACUGGUUUGCCGCGCAAGGUGUCCGAGGCCGACACGGAAGGAGACAUUGGCGACGUUGCACGCAUGAGUUAUGCCAGCACUGCCAUGUUUGAACGGGAUUCCACCGCGUCGAGCCGAUACUCGACGUCAUUUACAAGCCAUGGACCAGUUCAUCAAUAUUAUCACCACGAAAAGCAGGACCUCCCAGUUCGUGAUUCGUACGAACUAUAAAAACGAGAGCGGACGUAUUUAAAAAGUGCACGAAUCAAUCGAACAUGUUGUUUGUCCUUGCUGGACGGGGCCAAAACAAUAAGUAGGUUUAUAUUGAUCAUACG